AUGGCCCCAAAUCGCACUCAGUUACAGAACCUAGCCCAGAAGACUAAUGAGUCCUUCAAGGAAUAUGCACAGAAAUGGCGCGAGUUGGCGGCUAGAGUCCAACCACCUGUGCUGGAAAGAGAGAUGAUGGAUAUGUUCACCAAUACUUUGGAGGGUCAAUAUUACUCCGCCUGCUCUGCAUCCUCGAGCUUCGCUGAGUUGGUCAUGAUCGGUGAAUGUAUUGAAAGUGGGAUUAAGGCUGGUAGAAUACAGAAUCCAAGUGUUGCUGGUUCCUCCUCUAGGGCAGGGGGGAAGAAACCAUAUAACGGAUUUGCUAAGAAGAGAGAGGGUGAAACGAGUGCUGCUUACUAUGGUAAAGGCAAAGUCCAUUCUUAUCAACAAGUAGCCGCUGUGACCAUACCAAAUGCUCCUCUUCAACAACAACAACAACAACAACAGCAGCAGAGGUAUCCUCUGCGUCAGUAUCAGCAAAAGCCGAGAGCGCCAAGAAAUUUUGAUCCCAUACCUAUGACAUAUGCACAACUACUUUCUCAUCUUUUACAUCGUGAGUUGGUGCAACUUCGUACCAUGGGCCCUCCACCUGCUAAGCUCCCUCCUAACUAUGAUGCUAAUGUUCACUGUGAGUUUCAUUCUUGGGCUGCUGGUCAUGACAUUGAACAUUGCAUAGGAUUCAUGCACAAAGUACAAGAUCUGAUUGAGUCAAAGGCUAUUGAGUUCACCCCUACUCAAGGGCCUAACGUUGUUCAGAACCCUAUGCCUCCCCAUGGAACUCAUGCUGCAAAUGCCAUCGAGGUUGUUGAAGACGCUCGCUUGGUCAAGGAUGUGACCGAAUUGGGCUCUCUGUUGCCAUUAUUGAAGAUAGAAUUAUUGAGGAUGGGUCUAUACUUUAGUUGUGGAGAAUUAUGUACUGAUUGCAUGGCCAUUUCCUCAGUUUGUGACAAGGUGAAAAGUGGGAUUCAACAGUUGGUAGAUAAUGGGUAUCUACAAUUUGAGCAUGUGCGACAUCCUGAAUUAGUCAAGAAUGAAGUCAAUGUGGUAUCCAUCCCGUAUACUCCUGCUAAGAUUCCAGUUCCUGCCAGAGCACCGCCUUUGGUCAUUACGUUGCCUGGUACCGUCCCGUAUACUAGUGAAAAAGCAAUCCCAUGGAAUUAUGGCGGAGAAGUUUUCUACCAAGGGGCCAAGUAUGAGAUUAAAAUGCCGGUUGAGAAAGAAGAUGUGGAUAAUGUUGUCGGCAUUGGAAGAAUGACAAGAAGUGGUCGUAUUUUCAAUCCUCCCUAG